UCAAAAAUCGUUUGCCCCAACUAUCAACUACAUUUCAAGAAAGAAUAACAAUAACACUCUGCCAAAUUAAAAUUUGAUGUUCAAAUCCAAAACCCCAAAGAUUUUUGCUUCCAAAUAUGCAACACUUUGUUAUUCUUCAGCUCCCUCCAUUGUUGAGGCUACACAAAUUUCACAUUAUUUAGAUCCAAGAUUCUAUCUUUAUGAACUUAUUAAGUGUAAAACUCCUAAUCAAGUAAAACAAGUUCAUGCUCAAAUAACAACUAAUGGGCUGUUUAAAAAUCAAAUUGUUGCUAACAAACUUUUAUACAUAUAUUGUAUGCAUAAGUCUUUAGAUGAUUCUUAUGCUUUGUUUUGUGGAUUAAGUGAAAAAAAUGCUGUUUCUUGGAGUGUUAUGAUUGGUGGUUAUGCUAAAAAUGGUGACUUUAUUAACAGUUUAAGGAUUUUUAGGGAUUAUUUAAGAUCUGGUGAUAGACCUGAUAAUUAUACUUUACCUUUUGUGAUUAGGAUUUGUAGAGAUACAAUGGACUUGAAAAUGGGUAGAUUGAUUCAUAAUGUUGUUUAUAAAUGUGGGUUGGAUUCAGAUGAUUUUGUUGUUGCAGCACUUGUUGAUAUGUAUUCAAAAUGUAAGGUUAUUGGGGAUGCAUACCAACUGUUUGAUAAAAUGCCUAAGAGAGAUCUUGUGACUUGGACGGUGAUGAUUGGGGCGUGUACGGAGUGUGGGGAUCCGGACAAGGCGUUAAGUUUGUUCGAUAGAAUGAGAGAGGAUGGAGUUGUUCCGGAUAAAGUCGCGUUGGUAAAUGUAGUAAACGCUUGUGCAAAGAUAGGGGCAAUGCAUAAGGCGAAGGUUGUACAUGAAUAUAUAGCUAGGAGUAAAUUUUCGUUGGAUGUUAUAUUGGGGACGGCGAUGGUUGACAUGUAUGCUAAAUGUGGGUCCGUUGAUGUUGCGAGGGAAGUGUUUGAUGGUUUGAGAGAAAAGAACGUUAUAACUUGGAGUGCGAUGAUAGGGGCUUAUGGUUAUCAUGGCCAAGGCCGUAAUGCUAUUGAUAUGUUCCCUACGAUGUUAAGGAGUCGGAUAUUGCCUAACAAGAUCACGUUUGUUUCUCUUCUGUAUGCUUGUAGUCACAGCGGGCUGGUUGAAGAAGGCAAACGACUUUUCAAUUCUAUGCAGAAAGAGUAUGGUGUGAAGCCUGAUAUCAAACAUUUUACUUGUAUGGUGGACCUCUUGGGACGUGCUGGGAAGAUCGAUGAAUCAUUACAGUUAAUAGAGAGUAUGUCUGUUGCAAAAGAUGAAGGGAUUUGGGGGGCAUUACUUGGAGCUUGUAGAAUCCAUGGCCAUGUUGAGCUUGCAGAAAAGGCGGCGAAAUCUCUGAUUGAAUUGCAACCCCAGAACCCGGGACACUAUGUCUUGCUUUCAAAUAUAUAUGCUAAAGCGGGUAAAUGGCAGGACGUAGCCAAGAUCAGGGAAUUAAUGAGUCAUCAGAAGUUGAAGAAAAUCCCUGGUUGGACAUGGAUUGAAGUUGAUAACAAGAUUCACAGAUUUAGCGUUGGAGACCACACCCAUCCUCGAUUGAAAGAGAUCUACGAGAAGUUGAAUUAUAUGCUCAAGGAAUUGGAGAUUGCGGGUUAUGUUCCUGACACAAACUUUGUGUUGCAUGAUGUUGAUGAGGAACUUAAGCUUGGAAACCUAUUCUCUCAUAGCGAAAAGUUGGCUAUCGCGUUUGGCCUCAUAAGCACACCUGAACAAUCCACGAUUAGAAUUAUGAAGAACCUUCGAGUAUGUGGUGACUGCCACACGUUCUGUAAGUUUGUUUCCCAGGUUACAAGUAGGGUGAUCGUUGUCCGUGAUGCAAAUCGGUUUCACCACUUUAAACAAGGUGCCUGUUCUUGUGGAGAUUACUGGUGAUUGUCCCUGUUCCAGUCUUAUGAGGUGAAUGCUAUGUUGUUCGAACUAUUCAAAAUGCCAGAGGGUAGUGCAACUUUUGGAGGAUCCGACACGGGUACAACAAUAUUUUUGGAGAGUCCUGUAGGGUGAGAGGGGGAUGAAGAAAGUGGACAAAAUAGACUCACAUUUUUCAUCGAACAAAUUGUUAGAAAACCCGUUGUCGGACUUGAUUAAUCGCCCUUUGCUGUGAGCAUGUUUCCCAUCUCUUCUCGAGAAACAAGUAGGCAAUUUAUUUGCAAAACUGUUCUCAAUUUCAUAUGAUUCCGCAAGAUUUAGUUUCAUUCAAGUUACGGAUUCUAGCCCAUUGAAAAGAGUUUUGAUCUAUCCAGAGAUCAUUUGGAUUCCACUAGUAAUAAUGAGGAUUUGGAAACUAGUUUUUCAAUUGAUUGAUUCUACAAUUCUGAAGUUUCUUAUAUUUUAAAUU